AUGCGUGAUCUGAAUAUCUGGGGCAUUCCAUACGCCCCAGACAGUCAGGCGCAAAACGGCGAUUUGGAGACGGCGCCAUCAUCCGAACUUGCCAGGGAGUACAAUCAAAUCAAAAAUGAAAACAAGAAACUCACUGAGGAGAAUAACUUGUUAAAGUUGAAGGUUGACAUCCUCUUAGACAUGCUUACCGAAACCACAGCUGAGGUACACCUUCAGGAGUCUGAAAUCCAAAACCUACGCAAUAUCCUACAUCGGAAACCCAGUUCCGUUGGUCCCUCAGACUCUGCCAUUGUUGCCUCUUGA